CGCUCUCUCCUCACUCCCUGGCGCUCUCUCGCUCUAGCUCUCUCUCUCGCUCGCUCUCUCUCGCUCUCACCCUCGCUCUGCGUUCUGUCCGGGAGGAGUACGAAGAAGCCAAUAGGAUGCGGGGUCUCUAAUGGAUGCAAAUGAUCAUGAAAAGACAGUGCAAAAUAUGAAACAACUCAUUUGCAGGGAAGUAAAUCACCGAAAACUGUUUAUGAACUGGCAUCCCUUCUUCGAAAUGUAAAGCGAGGACCUCUUUAAGUGGCGGUAUAUUUUUGUUUGGGGGGUGGGGGGUGGGGGGAGGGCGAGCGAGCCGCGGCUGCCAUGCAAGCUUAGACUUUUGGAGGCUUCUCUGUCCUUUUCUAUUUCUGGAAAUCACAAAAAGUGUGUCGACUUCGAGAUCUUCUUGGCCUUUUCUUUCUUUUCUUUUUUUUUCCUCCUCUCUUUCCCUCUCCUUUCCUGGCGAGGGUGACUAGGAGCCGGCGAAUCCGCGUUUUUUUUUCUCUCUCCCUCCCUUUCCCCCUCCCCACCCCCUCCCCAACAGCCCCCAACUACAGCCUCCGCCGCCGCCGCCGCCUCAAAAUUCAAUAAAAUGAGCUCUUAUUUCGUCAACUCACUGUUCUCCAAAUACAAAACCGGGGAGUCCCUGCGCCCCAAUUAUUAUGACUGCGGCUUCGCCCAGGACUUGGGCGGCCGACCCACCGUGGUGUACGGUCCCAGCAGCGGCGGCAGCUUCCAGCACCCUUCGCAAAUCCAGGAGUUCUACCACGGGCCGUCGUCGCUGUCCACGGCUCCCUACCAGCAGAACCCGUGCGCCGUGGCGUGCCACGGGGACCCCGGCAAUUUCUACGGCUACGACCCGCUGCAACGCCAGAGCCUAUUCGGUGCGCAGGAUCCAGACCUGGUGCAGUACGCAGACUGCAAGCUUGCCGCCGCCAGCGGCCUGGGCGAGGAGGCCGAGGGCUCCGAGCAGAGUCCGUCGCCCACACAGCUCUUCCCCUGGAUGCGCCCGCAAGCAGCCGCCGGACGCAGGCGAGGCCGACAGACCUACAGCCGCUACCAGACCCUGGAGCUGGAGAAGGAGUUCCUAUUUAAUCCCUAUCUGACUCGCAAGCGGCGAAUCGAGGUAUCGCACGCCCUGGGACUGACAGAGAGACAGGUCAAAAUCUGGUUCCAGAACCGGAGGAUGAAGUGGAAAAAAGAGAACAACAAAGACAAGUUCCCCAGUAGCAAAUGCGAGCAGGAGGAGCUGGAGAAACAGAAGCUGGAGCGGGCCCCAGAGGCGGCAGACGAGGGCGACGCGCAGAAGGGCGACAAGAAGUAGGCUCCAGCUGGGACUGCCAGGGCCGCGGCCGCCCGCACGUCCGCGGGUCCCGGCCGCGCCGCCGCCCCGCGCCCCUGCCCGAAAGAGCUCUCGCCCCGCUAGCGGGGCCAGGAGCCGGGCCUCCCACCGCAGCGUCCCCCGCCGCGCCAGUCCCCGCUAGUGGUAGUAUCUCGUAAUAGCUUCUGUGUGUGAGCUACCGUGGAUCUCCUUCCCUUCUUUCGGGGGCCGGGGGGGAAAGAAAAGGAUUUAAGCAAGGACUCCCUCGCCUUGUGAGGCUGAGCGGCCAAGGCCCGGCUGAGCCCCCCAUGCCCCUCCCCACCCCAUGUAAAAAGCCUCCUUGUGCAAUGGUCUUUUUUUCCUUUGAACGUGCUUCUUUGUAAUGACCGAGGUACCGAUUUCUGCUAAGUUCUCCCAACAACAUGAAACUGCCUAUUCACGCCGUAAUUCUUUCUGUCUCCCUUCUCUCUCUCUCUCUCUCUCUCUCUCUCUCUCUCUCUCUCUCUCUCUCUCUCUCUCUCGCUGCGUCCUCAUUUCCCCUCCCAAUCCUCUCUCCUCGCUGCACCCCCCAGCUCGCUGGCUUUCUCUCUGGCUUCUCUCUUUUCCUCUCCACCCACCCCCUUUGGUUUGACAAUUUUGUCUUAAGUGUUUCUCAAAAGAGGUUACUUUAGUUAGCAUGCGCGCUGUGGGCAAUUGUUACAAGUGUUCUUAGGUUUACUGUGAAGAGAAUGUAUCCUGUAUCCGUGAAUUGCUUUAUGGGGGGGGAGGGAGGGCUAAUUAUAUAUUUUGUUGUUCCUCUAUACUUUGUUCUGUUGUCUGCGCCUGAAAAGGGCGGAAGAGUUACAAUAAAGUUUACAAGCGAGAACCCGA